GAAAAUUGAACCCAAUUAGAAUUUAAGAACCGCGCCAAAACCUGGUGCCUGAAGGUGCUUAACUAAAGCAACCGCUUAUUAUCUAAUCCAGGAAUAAUUGCAGUGUUCUUCCAUCAGUUCUCAUGGAUAUCAGAUCAGUACUUCCGUCAUUCUGUCAAUGAAUUGGGGUGGAAAAAUUGUUCUGGAGAUUGACUGUUGACGUUGAAAGACUGAACUCGAAGGGGAGGGUUUCGCUAAGGCAAAGAUGUACGGGAGAAGGGCAUCUCAACUAUUGAAGGAAAACUCCUGCAACGAAACAGGGCAAUUCACGGCUUUCAAUGCUGAUAUGUUUGGUGAAGUACUUAAAGAAUGUAAUACGCACCACCUCGAGCUUCAGUCACUGAUGAGGAAAAUCCAGGAAGAGGGGUUGGACAUGCAAACAACUAGAAAUCCUGACCACUUUGGUGCUGUCAUCCACCAUCUGUCUUUAAUGCGCAAUAAACGUUGCCUAAUGGCAUAUGUCUAUAACCGAGCUGAAGUCAUUCAGAGCUUGAGGUGGAAGGUGGGGCCAGUACUCCCCCAAGAAAUUCAAGGAAAGCUGAACCAGUCUGAGAAAGAGUAUUUCAAGAAUCACUCUUCUGCUCUAGAGGCAUACAUGUCAGAACUAGAUCUGGAUUUGACUGUGGAUAUGGUGCCACCCAAGGAUCCCUAUAUUCGCAUCAGGGUGCUUGAUGAUAUUGGUGAUGAGGUGGUGCUUGAUGAUCAGUCACACAAUUUUGUUCGCCACUCUAUACACUUGCUUAAGAGAACAGAUGCUGAGCAGUACAUCUCACAGGGCUUGAUGGAGGAGCUAUCAGGUUGAAAGAACGUCUUUUGGAUCUUAGGGUGACAUUUGAGGAGUCCAUACAACACCCAUUGAGUAUAAUGGGGAGGAAAAUCAAUGUGUUACAGCAGUUGUCUUAUGAAGGUACCCACGUGAAACCAGGAAACUUUCGGAAACUUUUAAGAAUUCAAGUGGGAUUAAUGCAAGCAUGACUUUGGAGGUCGCCAUCAUAGAGUAAAAUAUUAUUUGAUUUGGCCUUAGCAGUUAACCGUGUUGAUUGACACCUCACUUAAGUUCUAAUUGCAGUCUGUUGACUGGACAGAGGUUGGUCUAAUAUUUUUGAGGUUUAGAUUAAUUUCGAGUUUUAUCACAUGAAAAGUACAUGUGAACAAAACAAAGCUUGUAGAGAAGUAUGGCUGAUGUCCUUCCGUUUUUUUCCAUACCAGAAAAUUCCCCUUUUGGCUUCUUUGCAA